AUGGCGGACCUGGACAACCUGGAGUAUUACAUCAAGUUUCCCAAUCCGAAUUUCAACUACAGCCAGCACAACGGAGAGCACGAUUUCGUGUUUGUGGUGAACGAAGAAAAAAUCCCAGUUAUCCUGUUAUUUGGAUGGGCCGGGUGCCAGGAUAAGUACCUGGCCAAAUAUUCCCAAAUCUACGAGGAAAAGGGGUUGAUCACUCUCAGGUACACCGCUCCAGUGAAAUGCCUUUUCCUCAAGAGGUACCAGAUGAUAACCAUCGGGGAGAAGUUGGUAAAACUGCUGAUUGACUUGAACUUUGACAGUCAUCCUAUCAUAAUCCACUGUUUUUCCAAUGGUGGAGCUUUUCUCUACCAGAAUUUCUCGUUGGCCUUAGAAAAAUGCCCCAAACCAAUACCCAUAAAAGGAGUAAUCUUUGACUCGGCCCCAGGAAAGCGAAGGAUAUUGAGCCUAUUCCGGGCCAUAUCUGCCAUCCUAGGAGGCAACGUGUUCUAUAACUUCUCAAUGUCGCUCCUGAUGACGAUGUUCCUUUCCAUGAUCUGGCUCUAUGAGGUAAUCAGCAACGCCAUCUGUCCAAAGUCCACGUUCCAGUCGAACCCUCUAGAGAAUUUGAAAAACGAAAAGAACACGUGGCCUCAGCAUUUUAUUUACUCUAAGAACGACGAUCUAAUACCCCAUACGGAUAUCGAAUACUUCGCCGACUACCGAAAAAAAUUGGGAGUCGACGUGACGACUCUCUGCUAUGAGACCAGUCUACAUGUGAAGCACCUUGCGGAGAACCGGGAAAGCUACGUGAAGAGCGUCUACAACUUCAUCAACAAAUGCCUGAACGGUAGCACUUAAAUCGUAAUAAGAAGAAAGCUAAGGGAAAUUGAAAAAAAAAUAUUACGGCUACCAAGCUACUCCUUGUAACCUUUUCUAGAGAUUUCGACAGUUUCUGUUAAGUGAUGACGUUAUAUAACUUGUUUAGUACGUUGAAACAUGCACAAUUUUUGUGUGAUUAACGAU